UAGUGUACCACACAACGUCGCGCGCUCAGCUUGCCGCGCCGCAACCGCUGACCUACAAACCGACAGAAUUUGUGAAUAACAUAACCGAUCCCGGUUUUCCGUGCAACAACAAAUCGUGAACCGACGGAAUAAGACUCCAAUACCUUAGUAAGAACCAAAGAUGUCGCCAGGCCAGCAGUGCGUUACGGCCUGCGACGUUUCAAUAAAAAAUGGACUCCCUUACUCUGGAUAUAAAGAUGAAAAUCAGAACAAUAGCCCAGUGACUAAAAAGGCCAGUGAUGAAGAAGUGAAUCCAAAGGAAUUUGACAUUUCAGUGUAUGAGGCUCUCGACUUUAAGGCCCAGAUUCGGUGGCCUGAUCUCAUAGUGCAAGUGUUGUUACAUCUAGUGUCUUUGUGUGGACUGUACCUGAUUAUCACGAAUAGUGUGCGCUUUUACACAACACUUUUCGCUUUAGCAACAAUCUACACAUCAGGGUUCGGUAUAACGGCGGGGGUCCACAGGCUGUGGUCACACCGCGCGUACAAGGCCAACACGCCGCUCCGUGUGAUACUAGCCUUACUAUUCACUAUUACGGGUCAGAGAGACAUCUACACAUGGGCACUCGACCACCGCGUGCACCACAAGUACUCGGAGACCUGCGCAGACCCACACGACGUGAGACGCGGCUUCUGGUUCGCGCACGUGGGCUGGCUGGUGCUGACGCCGCACCCCGCUGUGGAAGAUCGCCGCCGCGCGCUCCGGGAGGUGUCUAAGGACCUGGAUAGCGAUCCGGUGGUGUACUGGCAGAAGAUACUAUUCAUCCCGCUGUUCGGUAUCCUGAACGUGGCCCUUCCCAUCUGGAUCCCGGUGCACUGCUGGGGCGAGUCGGUGGUGAACGCCUUCAUCGUCAGCUUCGUGCUUCGGUUCACUGCCACCCUCAACAUAGCAUAUUCUGUCAACAGCUUCGCACAUCUGUGGGGAAACAAGCCUUAUGACAAGUUCAUCUCUCCCGUGGAGAACCAGGUGGUGUCGCUGGCGGCGCUGGGCGAGGGCUGGCACAACUACCACCACGUGUUCCCGUGGGACUACCGCACCUCGGAGUUGGGGAGAGUGAAUAUCUCUACCAACUUCAUCGACGCCUUCGCUAAGAUCGGCUGGGCUUACGACCUGAAGGCAGCGUCAUCCGCCAUGAUCACGGACCGCAUGAGGCGGUGCGGUGACGAGUCCCACCACCAGGAGGAACCGGACCCUGAGGACAAAACCAAAUAGAUUAUACUUUGAUAAUAGUGUGUCCUUUCAACUAGAGAAUGCUAUCCUACUUAUGCCUAGUUUCACCAUAGUCUGUUAGAUCAUAAACACCCCGUUACAUUGUAAUGUCAUCAAUAAAAUUAUAGAAACGUCAUCUCCAUAUUAAAUUCUUGACAAAUGUGUCAAAAGACAAAAACUAAUCCCUUGUUAUGAUCUAGCAGAGUAUGGUCAAACUAGUACUUAAGAUAAUAGUGUGUCAUUUCAAAGUAGAGAUUUAUGUUACAAAAACGUAAACGUUUGUAAGUAUGGUUGAGUGAAUGUUUUUUACGCUUUCACGGACAAACAACUGUUUUUUUUUAAUCAAUUAGUUAUUUAGUAAGCAUAAUACUUAAUUAUUAUUAGGGUGAUACCCUGGAUUAACACAUUUAUGAUAGGUACUUUUUACUUAUCACGAAAUUCUUAGGGAAAAUACCCAAUAGGCGAAGCGAUGCUCAUGGGAAAACCUUGUAUUUAAACCGUGGAUAAUGUUUAAAAAGAUGAGUUAUAGUCAGAGUUGACUAAACAAGUAAGCCAGUUUUACUUAAGUGUACCAUAUUAUUUGCAAAAAAUAGUACAAAAAUAGUCAAGCUAUGAUAGUUAUAAUAUGUUAUAUUUAAACCAAAUAUUAUAUGCCCAAACAAAUGCAUCCGUGAAAUCUAUGUACAAUAAAUAUAAUUAUACUUAUGUCAGUUUCAGAGUGAUAGUCAUUGU